AUGCCAUACAUUUCCAUUUUGCAAGUGAUAGCCAGGAGGAUUGGCGGAUACGGAUCCAUAUUCGACCCUUGGCGCUGGUAUAAGAGACUGCCCAUGGAGGUCCGCGUAUUAGUUGACACAGCUGGCUUUGGACCCUUCUGCUCAGGGCUUAUACAGAUGAGAGUUGAGUCACUGUUAUACAGGGCCUUGGUCGAGAGAUGGUGGGACACCACAGACUUAUUCCACUUCUCAUUGAUUGGAGAGAUGACCCUAACCCCGUAUGACUUUAUGAUGCUCACUGGCUUGCGGGUUGGAGUUGGCGGCCUAAUCGCAUGUGAUCUUGACAUAAUGCAGUGGAGAGCCGCACAUCCUCAGCUUCUUGGAGUGAUCCCAGACGCUACCAGCCAUGGGUAUAGCUGGUUCUUCGAGUACUUCUCCGACUUUCAGCCCACCACUCUAGAUGAGGUCGCCCAGUACACCUAUAGUUUCCUUAUGUAUCUCCACGGUACUACCCUAUUUACGAACAGGAAAAAUACUGUGGGGUUGUUUCUAGGGGCACUGGUGUACCUCCCCUAUGUGGCAGAGUACAAUUAG